UCCCCGGAACUCCUAGAAGGAACCGUUCCGAUAUGGAUGCGUGAGCCGGGAUCUCGUGUUAAAAGGCGGAUCCCAGGUGCUCGUGGUGCUGGUGCCGCUCCAGGUAGGGACGCCGCCGACGGGAGCAGACUGGGGUCAAUUCAAGUCAUGCAGGUUGUAAGAAACGCGGGAUCUUGGCUCCUGCGGUCAUGGGCUUGGCCCCGGAUGACUGGGGUUGUGGCCAGGGCGCCGGCCCAGACCAUCCACACGGGCUCUCGGGAGCUGCAAGACGUGGCGGCCAAGCAGGAAGUUGAGGAGAAGGCGGCGGCUCCGAGCCGCAGCAGCUUCAGCAUUUACCCUCCAGUACCAGGACAGGAGAGUCCUCUGAGGUGGGCAGGAAAGAAAUUUGAGGAGAUCCCAAUCGCACACAUUAAAGCAUCCUACAACAACACACAGAUCCAGGUAGUGUCUGCCACUAACCAGCCCCUCGCCCGCACUUCCUGUGGCACGGAGGGGUUUCGGAAUGCCAAGAAGGGCACAGGCAUCGCAGCACAGACAGCAGCCAUAGCUGCAGCAGCAAAAGCUACAGGGAAGGGCGUGACCCACGUCAGAGUCGUGGUGAAAGGUCUGGGGCCAGGGCGCUUGUCUGCCAUUAAGGGACUGACCAUGGGGGGCCUGGAAGUGAUCUCAAUCACAGACAACACACCCAUCCCACACAACGGCUGCCGCCCUAGGAAAGCUCGGAGGCUGUGAUGAAAAGGAAGCCUGCACUUGAACCUGACCUCAAGUCUUACCUCCGGUUGGACCUUGUAGUAAGCUCACUGUCAGAGCCAUCUCCAGAAGAGGGCUGGUUGGAGACCUUUUGGGCUAUAAGGGAAAGCUCUGCCUCCUUACACAGUGGCCUUUGCUUGCACCUCUGACUGGAGACAGGUGUGCCUCACAAGUCAGACUGUGCCUCUCUUAUAUGAGAGAGAGCUACAGGGGCAGCUGUGGUCACAGAGCCAACCUCUGUUCUGAGAAGAUAAAAGAUUAUCUGUACUAUCUGUAGUAAUUGUGAGUUUUUUGCUUCCAGAGUUGCAAACCAUAAUCCCCACUUCCUCUGCAAAAGAGAUUGUGGAUUGAGGUGAGACCCUAGAUCGAAGGAUUAAAAUGUAAAUGUGAGCUUC